GCGUUGCGGAUCGAAAAAGCGUUAUCCGCGAACCGCAGACCGCAGGCGCAGCAGCAGCUGCCGCAUUUCCUGCUUUCUUCAUGCUGUCAUUAUCAGACUGGAUCACCACUCUUUCAUUGGUGUUCGGAGGAUGCUGCAGUAAUGCCAUCACCCUAGAGCACAUCACAUCUCGAUACCCGAACGCAGGCGUCCUGAUCACCUUUUUCCAAUUCCUCAUUGUUUCAUUGUAUGGACUACCCAAGCAAUUCACAUUCAACAACCCUCCAGAAUCCAAACACGUGGAGAACGGACUGAAUGGCGUUGUAUCUGAUCCCAAAAUACGACGUAGGAGUUGGAUUCCUCGGCUAAAGAACCGGAGGGUACCUCUGCUACCUUAUUUCAUUCAGGUAGCACUGUUCUUCGUACUGUCGACUCUGAACAAUGCUGCUUUUGCCUACGACAUCCCUAUGACUGUGCACAUUGUGUUUCGUAGCGGUGGCAUGAUCAUAAACAUGAUCCUGGGAUGGAUAUUCACGAACAAGCGAUACACCACACGACAAGUCGCUUCUGUGCUUGUCGUCACAGCUGGCAUCAUAAUGACCACGCUCUCUGCCUCAAAACCCAAAACGCAUGCUGCCCAAAUAGACGCACCUCACGCCUCACUCUACGCGUUGGGCAUCUCCAUCCUUGCCCUUGCCCUCAUCCUCUCAGGUUUCCUGGGACUCAUCCAGGACUGGGUCUUUGCACGAUACAUCGCACCCGCUCAAGCUGCUUCCGAUCCCGCAGAACAAUCUUCAUGGCAGGAACAUAUGUUCUACCUCCACUCCCUCGCUCUUCCCUUGUUCUACUUCUCCAAAGACAACAUAUCGACGGAGCUCACGCGCAUGAGUUCUAGUCCGCCUGUUUUUCUUUCCCUGCCGCAGUCUGGACCUCUUGCACCAUACGAGGCGGGCCUCGUUGUGCCCUCAAUAUUUGUCUACCUCCUCCUGAACACGUGCACGCAACUCGUGUGUGUCGUAGGAGUCAACAGGCUCACUGGGCGCGUCUCUUCACUGAGCGUGACCCUGAUACUUACGGUGCGCAAGGCUAUCUCAUUAUUGCUGAGUGUCGCAGUGUAUGGAGGUCAGGGAAAAACGGAGAUGUGGGCCGGUGCGGCAUUGGUAUUUAUAGGGACCAUCGUUUAUUCGACUGGAAGCAAGCCGAAAGACAAAACAGAGAAGAAAGACUAGCGGGGGCCAUCGUAUAAUAUCGAUUGUUACUGAGAUUUAACUUAGAGGCUAUAUCCAAUACAUACCAUGUAUUCACCUGUUCUUCGUUAUGAUCCGGUCGUACUGCUGUCUGAUCAUGCAUGAAAGGUAGUACAGUGUAGUGCUGAACAAGAGCAACUGAGAUGGAUCACGAGGCUUAAAAAUUGUUGACAGGUAUGAAACAAGCGAGGCUGGUAUUGAUAUUCAAAUUCAGAUUGGAACAACACCGGCUUCA